GCCAGGGUCAAAAAGCACAACAAAGCUACCGGUAUGGGCAACACCCACAGCGUCAACAAUGGCGACGGCGUUGCCACAGACCUGUCGUCGCCUCAGUCUCUUACUCAUCUCGGCAGUCGCUACUGCUUUCCGUUUGCGUCGUCUCCACCCAGCAGCGUGAAGAGCAAUCAUGGAGACGAAAACAACCCUUCCGAAAAUAACGGCGGUGCAGUCGCCCAUGAUCACGAGGACGACAAGGAUGACGAAUCAUUCUUUUCAUGCAAAAAGGACGAACGUUCUGCUAGUAGAUCUCCCGUAGUUUUCUUUUCUCCUGCGUCUCCAAUCCCAUCACCUCGGCGUCUCGGCUUUCGCAACAGCAGCAACCGUCAACCCGAUGACACCUCUGAGUCCCACAUGAGUCGGCAUCACGGCACGGAGGAUGAUCCAGACGAGGAGAUGCGCACAGAAGAGGAAGGAACAAUCGAACACAAAAGUGGAGAAGAAGAAGGACGAGAUGGCCUUGUUCCACGCGUAUUGCCCCAUCAGUCGUCUCCUCCUCACGGUGGCCAGCAUCCAUCGGGCAAUCGUGCGACCUGGGGACCUUCAACGCCAACGGGUCCAUUUCCUUUCUUGGCUUCUCCGCCGGUAUCAUCACGGCAUAAUCAUGAUGCAAUCUACGGGGAGGACAACGAAGAAGAAGUCGUUGAAAACAGAAACUCGUCAGAACUCGCGGUUGAAAACGAGAGUGAGGCCGUUUUUUCUCGUGCUGCAACGCAAGCGGAGAACAAUGCAGUAGAAUCUCCCAUGAGCCCAACAUCCGUACAAAAGCGCAGCACAGUGGAUUCCUCCUCAGGCAAUGAUUCGCUUCCUUCGGAAAUUCAUGUGACCGAGACAUCGCCGGAUGAUCAGAACUCCACUGACCUCGGUUCUCCUCAGUCGAUCCAAACGGAAGGCUCCGAUGAUGACUCUGGCGCUACCGUAGAACGAGCAUCUUCUGUCCAAGGGACGAACUGGGAUCAGGCGAGUGUUGGCAGCAAGAACAGUACAUUUGCAGAUAGCUACGACGAAAAGGAUCCCCGAAGCCUCAAUUCGAAAGACAAGAGUCCCGCGUUUGGUGGAACAACACGGGCAUUAGUCGCGGUCAAGUCAGCAAUGAAGAAGGAAAUUGGCCCGAGCAAUGACGCAAACAACAUCAACCAUGAGCUAGCGCCUGUUCAGCGCCCAGAUGUCUUGUUUGACGAGAGUUCUACAGUUCUCAGGUCGGAGAAGAUGGCGCUGACCCAUCGAGACAAAGGCACAUCCAAGACGGUGAAGGAGCAAGCUUUGAAGCUUGAACGCCACUUUGACUCUUCAGAUUUUGUCCAAAGAGAGGAGGACCACGUUGUGGAAGCUGCGAAGAAGCUAGGUGCCCAUGCAAAAGUGAACUCGGCAGCGGCGACUCAACAAACCUCUGCCAAGAGCACUUCUAUCCAGCCUGUCCCAUCGAAAAGCUCCCAAAAUGGAAAGCCUGAGGUUAUCUUACGACGGGUCAAUGCCGAAGUGACACAAAAUGCCAAGCGUCCCAAUCA